AAAUCAAAACAAGGUUAAAAAAAACGCAUCACACCUCCUUAGAUAGAUGUACAAGACACGCAAACACUUGUACAUGUAUAGUGUGUACAAAAUCUGAGAUCUGGUUGAAACAGAGUUGAGUUUAGUUGAGUUUGAGUUCCAACAAAAAUGGGACAGAAGACUCUCAUCUACGCCUUCGUGGCUCGCGGAACUGUUCUUCUGGCCGAGUACACAGAGUUCAGCGGCAAUUUCAAUUCCAUUGCUUUUCAAUGUCUCCAGAAGCUUCCUACUUCCAACAACAAGUUUACUUAUAAUUGUGAUGGCCAUACCUUCAAUUACCUCGUCGACAACGGCUUCACGUACUGUGUGGUUGCAGAUGAAGCAUCUGGUAGACAGGUACCUAUAGCGUUCCUAGAACGUGUCAAGGAUGAUUUUGUGACAAGAUAUGGUGGUGGAAAGGGUGCCACAGCUCCUGCUAAUAGCCUCAACAAAGAAUUUGGAUCAAAGUUGAAGGAACAUAUGCAGUACUGUAUUGACCAUCCCGAAGAGAUCAGCAAACUAUCAAAGGUGAAGGCCCAGGUGUCUGAAGUCAAAGGAGUUAUGAUGGAGAAUAUUGAGAAGGUUCUGGAUCGUGGAGAAAAGAUUGAGCUUCUGGUUGAUAAGACUGAGAACCUUCACCAACAGGCACAGGACUUCCGAACUGCAGGCACACAAAUCCGCCGCAAAAUGUGGUUCCAGAAUAUGAAGAUCAAGCUGAUUGUUCUAGGUAUUCUGAUAGCCCUGAUCCUCAUCAUAAUCCUCUCAGUAUGUCAUGGAUUCAACUGUGGUAAAUGAGCAAUGGCAAUCUCAUUCUCUACAUGAAGGAAAAGGGAAGCUAUGUGUUGAUCUUGUGCCAAAGCUUUCGUAGGUAUAUGCUUUGAUGUGUUAUGGUUUUGUGUAUUAUGUAAAUAAGUAGCCAUUUCUACAAUUCGGUGCAACGAUGGACUUAUCUGCACGUCUACAGAGGUUACUUAUUAUUAGGUUACUGGAUUUCAUAGAUAAAGUUCUGUUUUGCAAGAUUGUCGCCUUUCAAUCCAGUUCCUUCACUUUCACAGA